GUAAUGAGGUCACCCCCCUGCCUUCUUUUCUGCAGGCUAAACAAGCCCUGCUCCCCCAGCCUGUCUUCACAGGGGGGAUGCUUCAGUCCCCUGAUCAUCUUUGUGGCUCUCCUCUGGACCCUCUCCAACAGCUCCCUGUCUUUCUUGUCUUGGGGCUCCAGAGGUUAGGAAGAGAUACGCUGCUUCAGAACUGAAACUUCAGUUCCGAGAAGAACUCUCCCAAGGUCAGUAUCUCUGAAAAUAAGAUCUCAAAACAAAGAUAAGUUUAUAUGAUUAAUAUAUGCUUACCACUGAAGGCUUUGUCAGAGCAUUUCUCAGGUCUUUAGAACCUACAGGAGCUGUGUCACAAAUGCCCUUUCUCACACAGAACCCAUUAAAGACAGACACUUUGUGAUUACUAACGAUUUAUAGUUAACAUUAUGGGGACAUGCAGAAGUUUUGUCUAUUUUUAGUUGUCUAUCUUUAGUUUAUUUCAAUUUAUGUUUGUUACGCUGGUUUCUGACUUAAGGCAGCAGAAUUGCCCUGUGUAGAGAAGGAACUUCCUCCCUGCAGAGCCGUACCUUGUGUUAUUUCUCAGCAUCUCAGAAACCUCAAUGUGCACAGUUGUUUUCCUGGGAAAUCCCCGUGACAACCAGACCAAAGCCAUCUGCAGGACCGAGAUUAUUUCCUUCUUUCUUAAUUUCUCAUGGGAAUUUCUCAUUUCUCAUAAACCAAGCCUGCCGUUGUUGAUGACCCAAGUUAUAUUUUUAUGACUGCUGUAAAGUUAACGAUUAUCUGGUAAAAUGGGAUUCAAUGCCUGCCAUUUAGGAGCAAACCAACGUCGAGGAACUAGAUUGUGGUCGUCCUAACUCGGGUUUCACUCACUCACGGGUGGCCGCAAGGGGAAUCUUUAUUUAAACAAAACUUCAAGGAGUUUCGCUUUUGUGACUGACUUUCGGACAUUCACUUCCGAGAAGCAAAAGUUCAGAACUUCGACCCGGAGAGUCAAAACCGCGAGCAGCAGUCGCAGCAGCCAGAACAGCGGCUUCUCUCUAAGAAACGCGGAGGGGCCUCCUGGGUGCUUGAGCCCGGCCGCCAGAAGGGGAGGCGCCGGGCCGCAGCUCGGUGCCCGCAGUCCCCCCGCCGCCCCUCUCGCCAUGCCCUCACAGCGCGGCUCGGCGCGGAGGCGGCAGCGCUGCGUGCUGCUGGCCGGCAUCGCCAUCCUGCUGAUCGCUCUCGUCCUGGCCGCCGUGCUGGCCUCCGCCCUCACGGGGCGCAAAGAGGAGGCGAGCCCGGAGCCGCUGAGGUGGCAGGGCAGGGGGACGACCAGGAACCUGCGGGAGAUCGUCCUGGGGAGAUGCUACAGUUACCUCGCCGAGGGGCGCGUGAAGCUGGGAGAUAAGGAUUGCCUUAAAAUAUGGGAAUCAUUAAAAGCUGCAUUCAUUCACAAGAAUCCCUGUAAUGCUACAACAAAAGAUUAUCAGCCUUUAAUGGAGUUGGCAAGUCAUCCAGUACCCUGCAACAAGUCACUGUUUUGGAGCAGGACGUAUGAUCUCGUUCAUCUUUAUUCAAAAUCCAAUCACCAUUUCCUUACCUUGGAGGACACAUUCCUGGGUUAUAUGCUUGAUGGGCUUUCAUGGUGUGGAGACCCCUCAGCUCCGGGAAUCAACUAUGAAUCUUGUCCAAAAUGGAAUGAAUGUGAAGGCAGUUCUGGCUCUGUAUUCUGGAAAAUGGCAUCCAAGAUGUUUGCAGAAGCAGCAUGCGGUGUGGUUCACGUGAUGCUCAAUGGAUCAAUAGAAGCAGGAGCUUUCAGAAGCAGCAGGGAUUCCUGCUCAGGCUAUUCCAUAAAGAAGUUAAGAAACAUCUUAGAAGAACGAAACUUUAAAAUCACUAAGAUCACCUGUGAAGACAAUUACAGGCCAGUCCAGCUCCUUCAGUGCGUACAUAAUCCUGGCCACCCAGACUGCAGUCUUUGCAUCAACAGCACAGAAGCUCCUUGAAACAGAGUGCUCCACACUAUAUAAGACUUGAUUUGUGUGCAAAACUGAAAAGGACAUGACUAUGUAGCUUACAGUGAUAUAUAGCACCAUGGUUGUACAAAGCCAAUAACCAGGAAUUCUUGCUGUGAUACUAACAGCCAAGUCGCAGGAGGUGGUAUUUUAGCUGCGAUUCCUGUACACACACAGGCAAACAAGCAUGCUGUUUCAGAAGGGCCAAAGGCAUGUUCAAUGAUUGAGGACACAAGAUUUGUUCUGCUUUGUUCCCUCAUAUGUAGCUACUUGUGCACAGAGCAUCAGAGCAGAGGCUGCCUUGGGCAUGCGCAAAGAAAGUUGCCAGUGGAGACACAGUUUGCUAUGAUCUGUAUGCUGCUUCAGAAGGGCUGGAAGGGAAAUUCCCUGAGCAGGGAAUAUUGUCCAUUGGCACAUGUUAUAGAUGCCAUGAUUUGUACAGAGUAGAGGAGUCAGUGAGGAAGACCUGGAGUUUCUCCCCCUGUAGCUGUAUCUGAAGGUUGGAUGUUUUGUUUACUGGGCAGUCCCCUUGAGUCAGGCAGAGCCAGGCAAGGCCCUGGGCCUUUCUCCCAGGGACUGUGGCACCUCUGAGCAGGCAAAGCAAGUAAUGGAAGAAGUAGAGUAGUUCUUACCUUCUAGUGAGUAAGCUGGUUAGGAAAUGGCAGAUCUAAGCCAAGAAGAGAUCAGAAACUGCUCAGAGCAUUGCCAGCAUCUGUAAGAAUGCAUUUAGAGGGUAGCUGGGAAGAGAAAAUAACAAGACUGACUUAAAAUCCUACUGGAAACAUAGUUGUGGCACAGAUAGCAUUUUAUUCUUAGUAUAGCAAUAAGUGUAAGCUUUCCAGCUUCCACAAAGGGCCCUCAGCUUGGCCAUUCAUUGGAAUCGAGACAAACAUCCAGAGGCUACUGCAGUGGGAGCCUUUCCUGACCCCAGCUGUGUAGGUGAGGUGAUGAUUUGCUGUGCGUGACUCACAAGCAGGCAGGAGAUUGUAGUGCCAUGCAUUUUAGUGACCAUGCAAGCUGAUAUAACUUUGAGCAUCUCCAGAAAGACUUUUGCUCUGUAAUACGGGGUCUUGUACUGGGUGCAGCUCAAUCACACCCAGGACUUCACCCAUAAUGUUUACAUGAAUUACAUGUAUUUUUUUAAUAUGUGCAGUCUGUAAUGUAAUAAUUAGCUGCAUUGACUCAGAUGCAUAUUAGUGUUUUAAAAUAGGCUAUUUCUAACUGUAAGUCAAGGAUCUGUCUUCAUGCUCACUUUUGUACCUUUUCUGGUGUAAUAAUAAAAUGUUGGCUGUCCAAUCAGGGUUUCUAAUAAAAUUGAUGAUGUUGCUCA